AAGCUGCAUAAACCCGGCGAGCCGACCUGGAGAUCAGUUGGGUGGAUCAAACAUCUGGCGCAGCUCGUUUUUACGCACAGACUGGAUCCGUUUCCUCACCGGGAUAUUUCAGGAAAAGAGGGAAAAGACGUUUGAAACUUUCUGGGUGGGGCUUAGGAGGAGGAAAGAGAGGAAAAGGGAGUGAGAAAACAGUGAGAUGUGUGUGUGUGUGUGUGGGUAACUGGGACUGCGUCGACUGACCUGUGGGGAAGAUGGGAGCUCACUAGCUCAGACUGGCAUUACUACAAUCUCCAAAAUUACCCACAAGACUACCUCCAGUCGGUGCAGGGCACAGCAGUCCUGGCCUGUGUUUUUCAACCAUCCUGGCCUUGUUUGUGUUUUCUGGCUCAGCUGUUCACGCUGCCCAAAGGCCAGAGGUUCAUCUUCACUGGCAUUUUACAGCUAAUCGCCUGCCUGUGCAUAAUGACAGCAGCAUCAGUCUACACGGCUAAGUUUCACACCAAUGAUGAUACAAAAGGAGGCUACGGCCACUCCUACAUCCUGGCGUGGAUAUCGUUUGUCCUCACUCUCCUGCUAACAGUCACCUACCUCAUCCUGCGGAAGAGCGAGUGAAAAUGAAUGAGAGCAGUGUCAAGGUUCUCUGUAAUUAAGAAGAGUUGGGUUUGUCUUCACUCUUCAAAUUCAUCUGCGGCGGAGAACUUGAAAAAAUAAAGGUUUAAAUGCUAACACGAGCCAAUAAUUCUGUUUAAAUUUUGACAAACUAAGUUUGAGUAGGACUGGUUGUGGUAAGGAAGGUGGAGACCCCCCCCCCCCCCCCCCCCCUCCUUUCAGCCUUCUAACCUAAAGUAAUUCAUCCUUUAUCUCUAGUAACAUUACUAACAUGUAGCUUUGGGAGACAGAGUCCAGAAGUAAAUAAACGGUUUAAAACGUUAUUGGUUGAAGGAUGAAAGGACUGAGACUGCUCUCAUGUCAGUUUUAUAACUUGAUUUUUAAAAUUCUCCAGUCAUCUUUUAUUUUUUGUAAUCAUUGAAAGAAAAAAUCCAUCAAACCAAGUUGUGUUUAGCGGUUUAGAGCAGUACAGCAUCACCUGUUUCCAGACUAUUCUGCUGAUGGAUGCUGAGCAGACAGGGCCGACCUACUCAUCCAACACUCAGCUGCGAGGAGAAUCAACUACAAAUAUGUUUGAAGCUAUUCCUCUUCUCUGACUUAGUUAUUUUGUACUUUUUCUGAAAAGUCUCUUAUGUAGUGAAGUUGAUGGCUACUGCGACCUCUCUGGUUCAGCGUUGCCAUAACUACAGUGACUGAAACAGACCACAGGAAUUAGGAAAUGAGCCUUUCUUCAUAAGACAUUUAUUCAUUUAGAAUGAGUUUACAACUUUAGCAUAUUAUGUACCCUCUAUGUACAACGUAAUCAUAUGUUUUAGUCAUUUGUGUUUUAUACUGUGUGUCUGUAGUUGGCUGCUAACGUAACAUGCGUACAUUUGUACAAGUGAAUAUUAGACAAUCCAGGGAGGACAGUAGUUUUCUUACAUCAUAUAACAGAACUAUGCAUUAGUAAGUGUGUUUGUUAUUACUGUGGAAUUUAAGCCAUGACAUUUAUUAAUAAAGUUAAAUAAAACAUGAAA